AUGAAGAUAAAACAUCUAUUCUUUUCCCUGCUGACCUUGGUUGGACCCGUCUGCGGUUUAUCUUCGUCCGCUGAGCCAGUAGAAUCCAACAAUCACCAGCGUUGUAAAACCGGAAGACAUUUCUUUAAUGACCAUGCCCUUGUGUCAAGCUCUUACAAGACGACAACGGCCCCUAAUUUUGGUACAUGCUAUGCACACUGCAUGGGCGACAAGGAAUGCUGCAGCAUUAAUUACAAGAAAACCACCAAGAUUUGCCAGCGUAACAAUAUUACCAAGACCAAACGUCCAUGCAAUUUUAGAUCACAAAUACAGACGAUCUACGCUGAGGUCAGAGAUUCACCAGAAAAAGAGGUCAUGACUACCCCUAGUCAAAGCUACGAGACAACGAAAUUGGAAGUAACUACAAGUGCACCGUCGUCAGUAAAUAUUAAUCCCAAAGAUGGAGGGGGAAGUUCGGGGUCAGCAUCGUAUAAGUCUUGCAGGGAAAUCCGAAACUCAAAACCUGGUUCUCCAUCCGGGAUCUACCGAAUUGAGAUCGAUCAUCAAAACAUCUUCGAAGUCUUCUGCGACAUGGUCACCGACGGAGGAGGCUGGACUCUAGUCUACAGCUAUUCAUUUACAAAUCCGUCUCAUUUCAACGAUCCGUCUAAUGCCGUAACGCCUAUCCCGACAUGGCCAGUAUCUAGGUCAUUGACAAUGACUCCAACGUCGACCAAAGUCCCACUGAAAGAGACCGCCMACUCAGCCAUGGAAUUCUCGCUGUGGAAAARAAUUGGAAGGGUGUUYCUAGUUAAGUCCGACAUCACUCACUGGGUUUCUUGCUCACCGAAARGUGGUCAACUCGUAGAGAUGAARCCAGGUGAAAUCUCCUGCGAGGUCGUCAAAAAUGUCACCACAGACUGUCUUGGCUACGCACCGACAAUGUUUGGUAAAGGCGAYUGUGGCCCGUAUCUUGAAAGAAACAGCAAAACUUCCAUUGCUUUUUUCGGCUGCACUAAAGAACAAUAYCCAGUUCAUCAUCCAUGUGGCSWAUYGGKAGCAUCAAAUMACAUGACUAAUAUCGCUUCUCCUAGUGGCUCACUCUUCAUCAGAUAAGAUCGAGAGGAUAAAAAAGUAGACUGUGUACUACUYAAUGGUAUUCACAGAUUAAUAACUGCAUUAGAAAAUAAACACCGAAUUAUUGCCUCACCGACAAYCAAUCCACUGCAUAUAGAAUGCACGGACUCAAAAUGGUUUCCGGACUGAGAYCCUGGCCAAUUAAAUACGAAACUCUGYUCAGUAUCCAGUAACAUCCAAUAUGCCUUGUUAGGCGAUUCAUGCAACAUUGUUGGAUCAUCAAACUAACAGCACCUCACGUCUUGAUCAUAAAACAAAGAUCAAAUAAAGAAAGCGCGUUGGCUCCAAGACGAAUUUCAUCCAGCUUGCAUUGUUUGAUGAUUARAAUGGCCCGAGAACCUCUUCUAAGAGCAGGCGAUCACAAACGUAAAUAGGCCUUUAAUGUAACAACAUCUAAUCUCAUUAAACAYUUUACAUUGCAACCAAACGUCUAAAUACUGUAUUGGUCUGAAGCUCUCUGAGCUGUUGGAUGUGUUGGGCAGGGUGGUUACAAACAUCAUUGGUCUUUUGGACCAAGUAGAUAGACUUUUAAGGCAAAAUAGACGACGAYGKUUCCUGUACAAUGCGACACCAUGACCAACUUUAUUAACCAUGUAAUAGAAAGACAAACACAAAUUACAAUUAAAAGCACUUUCACAGUUACAUUAUUAUUGUUGUUUUUGUUGCCGUUGUCGUUUCUCCUCGAUAUGAGCCAGCGCACGUUGGGCAGCUGUCGAUCUAGCAAUUUUGAGAUUUCUUCCGGUUCCUUUGAAUUUUCCAAAUCCUUUCACAGAAACAUGGCAUGAAUAACGUCCAGUGAUAGUCAAUUCGCAAG